AUGACAAUCUUCAUCGCUUCAUUAUUCCUACCCUACACGGUGAAUUUUCACGACAACGAGUCUGAAGAUCCAGCCGGCGCUCUAACGAGCCCUCCCAUAUCGAACACUCCAUCCCAGGCCGUGACCCCAGCGCCUACUGCUGCUAUCAGCUUGUUUGAACGACAGAAUGGUGCCAGGAAGGCGGGCCUGACGCCUGGGGCUACAACUGAGCAUGAGCGAAUCUUCACAUCGGACAUUACAAAAGCUGAGCAAGAGCCCUCAAGCUAUCCAUUUCCUGCGGUAACGGAUGAUGCAAAUCUUCUCACUGAAAGUGAAGCCCAUUCUCCCGCCUGGGGUGCCACCACGGCUCUGAACCAGCCCAGGGCUCGGCCGCCUAUUUCGCCCUCCCCCUCGAUCCUUAAGCACCAGGAGCCGACUGUCUCGGUGAUGGAGCCUAUUCGCGAAAAGACCCCAUUGAAGGUUGAAUCCUUCCGGUCGCAACCCCCGGACAAUGCCGGUGAUCGCAGCCGCAAAACUUCGUUCUCGAAGGCGGACUGGACCGUCGAAACAGCAGAGCAGGGUAACGGCGGGUUGCGCAAUGCGGUGCGAUCAGCAACGGAUGCAGGCCAAUUAGAAGACAAAGUGUGGGUUGGCACGCUGGGAAUGCCCACGGAUGCAUUGUCGACUCACACCAAAGCUGCCAUCGCCGAGAAGUUGGAAGAUGAGUACGGAUCGUUGACGGUCUAUGUCAGCGACGGCGACUUUGACGGCCACUACACCCAUUUCUGCAAGACGAUCCUCUGGCCCGUGUUUCACUACCAGAUCCCCGACAACCCGAAAAGCAAAGCAUAUGAAGACCAUUCAUGGAUUUAUUAUGUCAAGACCAACCAGGCGUUUGCGGAGCGCAUUGCAAAGAAUUGGAAACGCGGCGAUUCAAUCUGGGUCCAAGACUACCACCUACUCCUUGUCCCCGCGAUGCUGCGAAAAUUGCUCCCGGACGCGCAAAUUGGGUUCUUCCUGCAUAUAGCAUUCCCUUCCUCCGAAGUCUUCAGAUGCUUGGCGCCUCGAAAAGAGCUUCUCGAGGGCAUGCUGGGCGCUAACCUUAUUGGGUUCCAGACUGAUGAGUACUGCCGACAUUUCCUUCAAACCUGUAGUCGCCUCCUUUGCGUCGAGGCAACCAACGAGGGACUCGAGCUGGAGGAUCGCUUUGUGAACGUGGGUACAUUUCCCAUCGGUAUCGAUCCAACCUCCUGGGACAAGCGACGACAGGCUGCCGAUGUGGAACAAUGGGUGAAGACAAUCUCGGAUAGAUACGAAGGAAAACGACUUAUUGUUUCCCGCGACAAAAUUGACUCAGUUCGCGGAAUCAGGCAAAAGCUUCUGAGCUACGAGCUCUUCCUAAACACGUACCCCGAAUGGAGAGACAAGGCAAUCGCAACGAGCACGACCGAGCAGCCAGAGCUCGAAGCCACGAUUUCCGACAUCGCCAUGCGAAUCAACUCGAUGCACUCAACGCUUGCUCAUCAGCCACUGGUGUUCCUCAAACAAGAUCUCGCUUUCCCGCAAUAUCUGGCUUUGAUCUCAGUGGCGGAUGCCUUGAUGAUAACCAGUUUGCGUGAAGGAAUGAAUCUGACCAGUCAUGAAUUUGUGUAUUGCCAGGAUGGAAAAUACGGGAACAAGAAGUAUGGAUCUCUCAUUUUGAGCGAGUUCACUGGAAGUGCGUCAGUCUUCGGCAACCAUGCGCUGCUUGUCAACCCCUGGGACUACCGACAAUGUGCGGAGGCCAUCCAUACUGCACUGACCAGGAGCGAGUCGGAGCGUCAACGGGUGUGGGAGCAGCUUCACCGAGCCGUCCUUCAGAACUCGACAGGUAACUGGGUAAAGUCCUUCAAUGAGACGUUGCAACGUGUCUGGAAUGAACAGUCUUCGCGUGAGAUCAUGGCUGUUCCGCGCCUGCCAGUCAACAAAGUGGAGGAGAUGUACCGAAAAUCUGCUCGCCGAUUGAUCAUUGUGGACUACGAGGGUACUCUUGCUUCAUGGGGUUCUCCCAAGAGCAUCAUUGUUACGACACCACAGCGAGCCAUUACCACAUUGACGGAUUUGACGGAGGACAGUAAGAACGUGGUUUAUGUCAUGAGCUCAAGAAUGCCCGAAGAGAUGGAACGUCUGUUCCGACGAGUUCCCGGCCUCGGGCUCAUCGCAGAGAAUGGCUGCUUCGUGCGAGAGCCGAACACCGAAGAUUGGCUCAAGUUGACCAACAAGGAGCGGACGGACGCCUGGAAGGAAGGCGUCAGUCAGAUUCUCAGCUACUACCAGGAACGAGCGGAGGGCAGCUGGAUCGAGAAACGCCACUGCUCCCUCGUGCUCCACUAUGGCUCGGCGGAAGACCACGAAGCCGCCUCUCGACUGGCAUCUGAGUGUGCAGGUCAUAUCAACGAUGCAUGCGCCAGUCAGGGGGUACAUGCCGUUCUCGUUGACCGUGCACUAGUGGUAGGACCAGCGAAUACGAACAAGGCCUCGGCGGCGGAAUUGGUGUGGCGCGACUGCCUCAGUGCGAGCCAAAAGGACGAGCAGAUUGCCCGGCCGGACUUUUUGUUGGCCAUCGGAGACAGUCGAGACGACGAGCCAGUGUUCCGGUGGGCUAACAAGCUGGAAAGUGCAAAAGCAGUUGGCUAUGCGAUGACGGUCACUCUGGGGUCUCGCAGCACGGAAGCUAAGGCCACUCUGACGCAGGGAGUGACUGGUGUCCUUUCUUGCCUUGAGAGACUAGCAAAUGCGUCACCAGCGCACUAA